AUGGAUCGCAGCCUGGAUGAGAUCAUCGCUGAACGUCCCUCAUACCGAGAACGUGUUGAUCUAGAUCGUGAUUGGGUUCAUGACAAGUUCGAAGACGACUCAGACACGCCUACAUAUCGUCGCGAGUCCCGCCCUCGACGUGGUGAUCGCUACUCUCCCGAGCGCGAGCGCGGCCCUACAGGGGCUAGGCUCCGUAUUGAAAAUCUUCACUACGACCUGACAGAAGACGAUCUGGAGGAUCUAUUCACCCGAAUUGGACCGGUUACUCGCGUGUCUAUCGUAUAUGAUCGCGCCGGACGCUCCGAAGGUAUCGCGUACGUUACAUACAAGUACAUUGAGGAUGCGAGAACGGCUAUUCGUGAAUUCGACGGUGCCAACGCAAAAGGCCAACCGAUCCGCAUUACUCUCGUUUCUUCCGGACGCGGUGGCCGGAAUCCGUUUGACAAUAUCGAGAAGCCGAAGGGAAGUCUGUUUGAUCGCAUCGAACGCCCACGCGAUAGACGCAGCCUCAGUCCGGAAAGCGAUAGUGAUCGUGGACGUCGGCGUGGAAAAUACGGUCCUCGCCGUAGUGAUGUCUCCAAGCCCCCUCCCGACCACAUUGAUCGCUAUGUGCCGGGACAGCGCUCUCCUGUCCGCCGCGGACGACGCGGUGAACGACGUGAAGCGAAGAGAAGAACGGACAGCAAGGGUCGCCCGCUGGUCAACGGUCGGCCGAGAAAGACUCAGGAAGAACUUGACCAAGAGAUGGAUGACUACUGGGAAAAUGCCAACGUCGGAGCGAGCAAUAACACUGAAAAGGAAGCCGCUGCCCCAGAGCAGACUCAAGAGGCGGCACCUCCAUCGAACGCUGCAGCUGGCGAUGUCGAUAUCGACAUGGUCGAGUAA